UUUAUCACAAAAAUAAAGUUGCAUGGAAAAACUUGUCCCAUACUAGUUCCAUAUAAUAGAACGAGUAUAGUAAUAUCAUAGUUCAGUCUUGUUUAACUAGAGUGCCAAUCAACAUGUGUUCUACGUAUAAGUUGGUAUUUCUUUUGUGUAUCGCCGUGUCUAUACGGACUGUGUACAGUGCAGUUGCCUUACAAUUACCUGAAGAAAAACCUAAGGAAAUGGCUCAUCUUGAAGGGUGCUAUAUUCCUGCCUUGAAUCGAGUCCUGCCAUACGACAAGCCAUUUUCACCACAAAACGGAGAGACUUGUGUUCAGUUUCAGUGCCGAAAAGACAACAUUACGUCCAUUUUUAGUUGCGGCACUCUUCACGUGGGCGAUAGUGGUUGUGCUAUAGUGCCUGGUGAUAAAUACCUGCCCUACCCAGAGUGCUGCGAUCGAGGCGUCUGUAAUACUAUUAACCACAAAUCCAUUGUUACUUAGAAAAUGUCUGAAAUUGUUUUUAAUUUUAUAAGUUAGUGUGUAUUAAAAUGUAAGCUGCUGAAGUUAAAUGGA